CUCCCCACGCCCCUUCUGCCUUGCCAUUGGCUAGCGAAGCAGAUGCUUUGCAGUCCUGGCUGCUGGUACUGCUGAGGCGGUUUCUGAGGUGCAGCAGCGACUCAGCUGUUAGAAGGCUAACACUGAGGAGGGCGAAGGGACCGCCUCCGUCGUGACCUCAUGUCCAAUUGUGCUACCUCCGUUGGGUGCCUAAUAGAGGUUGCCGGGUUUCUCCUCCACUGUCUCUUGAGGCGGUAACUGGGGAGGGGGAAAGAAGCGGCGGCGGCAGUAGUAGUGGCGUCGCCUCCCCCCCCCCUCCAUCCUCUGAAACAAAGGCGCCGUCAGACCCCCGCGGGCACCUGCUUUGCCCUUCGCUGCGAGAUGGCGUCGUUCAAUAUCGGGGGACUCAACGCCUCCUCUCGGAGGAGAAGCGUCCAUUCCCGCAACGCCACAGUCGAGAGGCGGAAUCUCAUCACCGUCUGCAGACUUUCUAUCAAGACACUGAUUGAUCGUUCUUGUUUUGAAACAAUUGAUGAUUCUUCUCCUGAAUUCAACAAUUUUGCAGCCAUUCUGGAACAGAUUCUAAGCCAUCGACUCAAGGGUCAAAUCACUUGGUUUGGCUAUGAAAGCCCUCGUAGCUUCUGGGAUUAUAUUAAAGUGGCUUGUCGCAAGGUUUCACAUAACUGUAUCUGCAGCAUUGAAAAUAUGGAAAAUGUCAGUUCUUCAAGAGCUAAGGGAAGAGCUUGGAUUAGAGUAGCGCUUAUGGAAAAGCACUUGUCUGAAUAUAUUUCCACAGCUUUGAGAGACUUCAAAACAACCAGAUUCUAUGAAGAUGCAGCAAUUGUAUUGGGAGAAGAAGCAAACAUGUUAGCUGGCAUGCUGCUGGGCCUUAAUGCCAUUGAUUUCAGCUUCUGCCUCAAGGGAGAGGGUUUGGAUGGCAGUUAUCCAGCUGUGAUAGACUACACACCGUACCUGAAGUUCACCCAAAGUUCCGACAGCAUCAGUAGUGAUGAAGAAGAGUUAAGGACACUUGGCAGUAGUGGCAGUGAAAGCAGUACUCCAGAAAAUAUUGGGCCACCUUUCAACAUGGAUGAGAACAGCUGUUACAAUAAAUGCAAACGGGUUGAACAGAAAUACCGUCUCACACUGGAGCAGAAGGGUUAUCUAGAAGAGCUAGUACGCCUUAGAGAGACCCAGUUGUCCGAAUCUAUCUCUCAGAAGAAGCUGUUGCGUCAGAAGAUAGAAGCUAUGGAUCUGGCUCAUAAAAUGGAAAAGGAACAACUUGAGUACAUCAUUGUGGAACUGCAAGAUCAACUUCUAUGGUAUGCACAAAGCUCUCCUCCAACACUGCAUUUCAAAACUGUGCUAAAGAAUAAUGAUUUAAGAUCAAGACAAGAAUUAACUACCCAUCUCACCAAUCAGUGGCCUUCCCCAGGAGCUCUGGAUGUUAAUGCUGUUGCCUUGGAUACGCUACUUUAUCGAAAGCAAAAUAAGCAAUGGGAUGAAAAGAGUUUUCAAAGCCUUGACCAGCUGUCUGCUGAUGUUAGCCUUUCUCAGGCAUCCCUGGAUCGAAGUCAUUUACAAGAUGGAGAUGAAGGAAAACAGGAUGGGAUAAAUUUACUUAGUGAAGGGAAAGAAGACACUCCUUCAUUACUUGGUCUCUGUGGCUCUCUGACUUCAGUAGAAAGUUACAAAUUUCUCACAAGUUUGAAAUCAAGUGAAUACCUUGCAAGUCCUACAACAGAGAUGACAAGCCCUGGACUAACUCCCUCUUGAGCAGAUCUAUAGAGAACACUUGGAUUUGUAUUCACUUGGCAUCCUGUAAUUUAUCUGCUUUCAAGACUCAUAAAACAUGCCAGUUUUUAAAAUUUGGUACUGUCCUUUUUAAUAACAUCUAAAAAACAAUGGCUUUGCAGGGUUUUUUAAAAGGACGCUUCUUGACCGGUAAAAAAAAUAUCAUGAUUUUCAGCCUUUUGAAUGUAAAGGCUUCUUUAAGAGAAAAAAGUGAUUAUCUUAGCUGCCAAAAUGAGUUUUCUCUGCAAGCAUACUUUCCUAAUUUCUUUAGAUAUGCAAACGUCUUUAGAUUUGCAAGGAUAAAUUUGAUUGGUAAGUAAAAAUAUUUGAAUUUAUUACAAAUAGCAAAAUAUUUGAACUGGAUUCUAUUGUGAUGGAUUAAAAUAACUAAACUAUAACAGUGGUAGCUAUGAGACCUACAUUUGAAUCUGCAGUAUACUGCAGGGUUCUGUUUUAAUUAGGUUACUAAAUCACUGUAUACUUUUCAUUAGGGUUUUCCAUGUAUUUGGCAUUCUGGAACACUGAACCACCUGCAGUGUACAGAAGGGAAAAAUUUGGAGAUGGUAUCCAAAUUGCUUGUGCUAAUGAUAUAAUUUAAUGUAAUGGUAGGAGACACUUGCAGAGAAAAGUAGUGUCACUAUCUAUAGCGGUUCCUUUUAAGAAUGUAUUUUUCUCCAAAAAAGCAAAUAUCACAAUAGACUUACAUGUAUAUUGUUUUUGUUAAAUAUUUUGGUUCACAUCUAUUUGUUCUGCUACUUGCUGUGUAUUAAAGUUUAAAUCAAGUGCUACUAGUCAGUAUCUUAAUGCUAGCCAUUUUUUAAGGUUUGCAGUUUAUCAAAUGCAACCGUCUCUACAGUGGAAUUAUUUUUUGUUAGCCAGCAUUACUUGGACUGAGUACAACUGUUAUAUGCAGUAAUUAAUUUUGUGUUAAAGCACUGAUGCACAUAGGCCCUCUAAACUUGAUGACUAUGAGGAAAUGCUUUUUUGUGCCAAAGAAGUUCCAUACAUUGUUUACUAAUGUGCAGCAACGUGUGGGAAUUUACAAUUACAGCUAAUUUUUGUACUGUCAGUUUGAUUACUUAUUUUGCCAAAAACAGAAAUGUGCCUCUUGUAAAACUUGCUGUAAAAACUGAUUUGUGAUUAGGAGAAAGCAGAUGAUUACAGAUGAAAUCCUUUGUGUUGGCAAGUUUACUGUAUUUCAUAUAUGCUGAGGUAAUUUAUGAAACAAGACAAGGCAACACUCCUGCUUUGCCAGAAGGUAUGCAACUACCUGAUAAAAGUAAUUUAAUGCAUGUUAAUUAUCUCUUGUAAAAUAGGUACCUUUUAGGAACAUGAGGAAAAAUAAUGUAUACAGCUAAGUUUCCAGAGAUGUAUAGAGUAAUGUUAGCUGAUUUCUAUGUAUGAAUUCUUAGGACAGGUUUAUCAUUGAUCUAGAAGCAUGACUUUGUCAUACCAGUUAUUGACUAGUUGGAGCAAGUGAAAUCAAAAUCUUUGCAGACUGUCUAAUAUGUGUAUGAAGCCAGUCAAAUCAAUAUUUGUGCAUGAAAAGAUUACCGUGUCUUGGUUCUGAAAUCUUGCCAAACUUUCAGAAUUUAAAAAUCUCAAAUUGUGCAUAAGUUGUGCAAACUUGCUCUGCUGUAUCAAAUGUUGCAUGUGCAUUAAACAUUUUGUACAUUACUACUUUAGUUGUACCUUUCUUUAUAACAAUCAUUUUAACUUGUACACCACCUUGAGGGGUAUUUUAAUAAGUGUUAUAUAAACAUUACUAUAAAUAAAUAUUGAGUCAAACAA